GGUGACGGCUGCCCCCGCGGCCCGCAGGGCUGAGCACGGAGAAGGCCGCCGCCUUCACCCGGCGGCUGCGGGCCGAGCCCCAGUUCCUGCUGGCCCAGAACGUGGCGACGUGCAGCGACCCGCUGGAGGUGUGUCUGCAGCGGCAAGUGGUGCAGGACACGGUGCAGGUCUUCCAGCACGCCGUGCCCGCCGAGGGGAAGCCGGUCACCAACCAGAAAAACUCUGGGAGAUGUUGGAUCUUUUCCUGUCUCAAUGCAAUGCGUCUUCCUUUCAUGAAGAAAUACAACAUCGAGGAGUUUGAAUUCAGCCAGUCGUAUCUCUUUUUCUGGGAUAAGGUUGAACGCUGUUACUACUUUUUAAAUGCCUUUGUGGAAACAGCUCAGAAAAAGGAGCCUGUGGAAGGAAGACUGAUACAGUUCCUGCUCUCCAACCCCACGAAUGAUGGUGGACAGUGGGAUAUGUUGGUUAACAUUAUUGAAAAGUAUGGUGUUGUCCCCAAGAAAUACUUCCCUGAGUCUCAUACCACAGAAGCUACUAGAAGGAUGAAUGAGAUCUUGAACCAUAAGAUGAGAGAAUAUUGUUUGCGGCUAAGAAAUAUGGUGGAAAGUGGAACAAUGAAAGGAGAACUUUGUGCUGCAAUGGAUACGAUGAUAGAAGAGGUAUUCAGAAUAGUGAGUACUUGCCUGGGCAACCCUCCGGAGACCUUCUGCUGGGAGUUCCGGGAUAAGGAGAAGAACUACCACAAAUAUGGCCCUGUGACACCAGUCCAGUUCUACAAUGAGCACGUGAAGCCUUACUUCAACAUGGAGGACAAGAUUUGUCUAGUGAAUGAUCCUCGACCUCAGAAUCCAUACAACAGGCUGUAUACAGUGGAGUACCUGGGUAACAUGACAGGAGGAAGGAAAACGCUCUACAACAACCAGCCUGUUGAUGUCUUGAAAAAAUUAGCUGCAGCAUCUAUUAAAGAUGGCGAGGCUGUGUGGUUUGGCUGCGAUGUUGCAAAGCACUUCUAUGGCAAGCUGGGAAUCAAUGAUGUGAAUAUAUUUAAUCAUGAGCUGGUGUUUGGUGUCUCCGUCAAAAACAUGAACAAAGCGGAACGAUUAAUCUUUGGAGAAUCGAUGAUGACCCAUGCCAUGGUCCUGACAGCUGUCACCGAGAAGGAUGGGCAAGAGGAUGCAUUUGAAAAAUGGAGAGUGGAAAACUCCUGGGGUGAAGACCGUGGUAAUAAAGGUUACCUGAUCAUGACUGAUGACUGGUUUUCUGAGUAUGUGUAUGAAGUUGUGGUGGAUAAGAAGCAUGUACCAGAAGACAUCUUGGCAGUGAUGCAGCAGGAACCAAUCGUUUUGCCAGCCUGGGACCCUAUGGGGGCUUUAGCCAAGUGAACUACAGAAUAUUUGCCUCCUAAUGGUCAACCAGAAGUAGAUGCAAUAGAGAAUUCCCUGUUGGAAGCCAUAGCCAAAUGAUAAUGUGACCAUUCAACAUGGUCCAUAUUCUUGAAAUGUAAGUUAAGGAUCUUUGGGAAAUAGCGCUUUACUGACCUGGGUGAAUAAAACUCUCAGGCUGUUCAGCAAAACUAAAAAGGGAAA